CCAAUCUUCCUCACCAAAAAACAAACAAACAAAAAGAAGACAGCCAAUUCUUCUAGGACCGGGGCUCAGGGGGCUUAGUUAAUCAAAAUCACACGCGACUCCACCCAGCGGACUCCUGUCUUCUGUUAACCGAGAGUGCACACCACUGCCUUACUCAGCCUCCCCACAAUGAAGGAAGAGACAUCGGAAGAGUUAAAAGAAAGUGGUAGGUUUGGAAUCCUCGGAGCUCUCGCUCUGAACUAACUGGACCAGUUACUGGAACCCCCGGCAAGCUCAGAUGCCGGGACAGGGGGCGGCUACUGCGCAGAGAGCGCUGGGCGGCCGCAAGAUCCCAGGGGUGGGGCUGGUUUCUGAGCGAGGGCCAGCUGCCCACCCACCGAAGGCCGUACAUCUCUGGCAGGCCGGCGAGAAAGCCCCUCCUCCCGGGCGGAGACUGCUUCAAGAAGUCGACGCCCGCGUCCGGCCGCGGGGCUGGUACCCAGAGGCCGCCGCCGCCUCCCUCAGUUCCUGUGGCUUGCCCAGGCGCGGAGUAUGGGACUCUGAUGGCCAUGGACGGCUACAGGGGCUUCUUGGGGCUGCUGGUGUCGGCGCUGCUCGUCGGCUUCCUGUCCGUGAUCUUCACCCUCGUCUGGGUCCUCCACUACCGGGAGGGGCUCGGCUGGGAUGGGACCGCGCUGGAGUUUAACUGGCACCCGGUGCUUGUGGUCACUGGCUUCGUCUUCAUCCAGGGCAUAGCCAUCAUUGUAUACAGACUGCCAUGGACUUGGAAAUGCAGCAAGUUCCUGAUGAAAUCCAUCCAUGCAGGAUUAAACACUGUUGCUGCCGUUCUUGCAAUAAUUUCUCUGGUGGCCGUUUUUGAUUUCCACAAUGCCAGGAAUAUCCCCAAUAUGUACAGUCUGCACAGCUGGAUUGGACUGAUAGCUGUCAUACUCUACAUGUUACAGCUUCUCCUAGGUUUUUUCAUCUUUCUGCUUCCUUGGGCUCCACUUUCUCUCCGAGCACGUGUCAUGCCCAUUCACGUUUACUCUGGCCUUCUCAUCUUUGGAACAGUGAUUGCAACAGCACUCACGGGAGUGACCGAGAAACUGAUUUUUGCCCUGAAAGAUCCUGCAUACCAUUCAUUCCCACCAGAAGGUGUUUUCACAAACACCCUUGGCCUUCUGAUUCUGCUGUUUGGGGCUCUCAUUUUUUGGAUAGUCACCAGGCCACAAUGGAAACGUCCUAAUGAACCAAAUUCUAUCCUUCUUCAGCCAAAGGGAGGUACUACAGAGGGAUUGGAAGGCUCCAUGGCAAUAAACGUUGGCAACGUGGACAAAUCAGAUUCAGAGUUAAACAACGAAGGCUCAGCCAGGAAGAGAAACUUCACCCUUGAUGAGGCUGGACAGAGAUCCACCAUGUAAAAUGUUGUAGAGGUGUAACCAUAUAACUUUGCUUUUAAAAACUAGCUCUACAGUUUAGCUUUUCCUAUUUAGCCAUAAGAUGAUUGAGCUCCAAAGAGUCAAUAUUUAUUUUAAUCAUAAAGUAGGAUUUCUUGAGAGUCUGUAUUGAUUGAAGCCUGUGAGCUUACCUGAAUUGGAAAGGAGAUGAUCAAUAUAAAUAACAGCAGAUAUAAACUGUGGUUAUGUUACCACUUCCUUGUUGAGGACCAAGGCGUUUAGCACAGAGCCUUGCAUAGAAUAGAUGCUCAAAAUGUGUCUAUUGGUUAGUAGAUUUGAUAGACUGCCAGCAUCCGUGGGCUCUUAUCACGCAGUCAUUUCCUGUUAAUUCUGGGAUCCCAGUGAUUUCAGGAGUAGGUGGAAUCAGUUCUAAAGUUUUAGAAUCAGAUCUUGAAUAUCUGGGACAGGGUUUAUGCUACACAGAUAUCAUGAGUAGACAACAGAAAAAGUUUUAGGAAAAUAACUGGUUCUCUUCUCCCUGCUCCUGCCCUCUGCUCCCUCCCCAGCUGGUUUGGGCUCAGACUGGCCCUGGAGACCAGGGUUUAUAUUAGUGUAUUUUGGAGCAGGAACUGGUCUGUGGGUACCUGAAGAGAUAUUCUCUAGUUAGACCUGGAAGUUUUCCAAAACUCAACUUAGUCCCAAGCCUUCCCCAGAGUUUAGUGUACUUUAUGAUCCAGAUUCCCAACCUAAUGAGAAUGAGAAUAUGCCUGAAUGCUUAAACAGCAAUAAACUGCUCUGUAAACCUCAAGGAGCAUUUUCCCCCCCAAGUUUCUGUUUUUAUUUUAAAAAGUACUUACAUGGCACUUACUAUGUCCAAGACACUAUUCUAAGCACUUUAUAAAUAUUAGCUCGUUCAAUCCCCAGAUAAACCUUAUGAAGUAGGUACUAUUAUUAUCUCCAUUUUACAGAUGAGAGAUCUCCAUCUGGGAGAGGUUAGUAGCUUGCCCCAAGCUCAUGAGUGGUGGAACUGAAAUUCAAAACCUGGCAGCCUGGUUCCUCAGUCUGCGAUCCCAACCACUUCACUAUGCAAUUUUUUUUUGUUUUAUGCUAAUUUGCACCUACUUUGAUGCACCCCUGGAUAAAUCUCAAUUGCUGGAGUGCAGUGGAGUUGUUAAAGUUUACCUUCUGGCUCUCCUUUUCAAGGCAGAUUUCCCAAAUAACCAAGGAAAAGGGCCCACCCAUGCCUGGAAAUAGAUCGUGGGUACCCUGCCACUGCCAACUAGCCAUGGCCUACUGUGAUGCCCCUUGGAUCUUAAAAUUCUGUCUUGGUGACAAAGAAAGGUUCAGGCAAGAACAUCUAUAGCUUUCAAGAUUAAUCAGUUGCAAUUUUUGUUCUUGAGGAUCUUAGCUGCUGAUUAGCUUUGGGUUUGAAGAUUGGAGAGACUUACGUCAUGGUUGCUCUUCCCCGGGGUAGCAGCUGGGGUCCUUCCUACUUUUGUUGGAAUUUUAGUGGAUAUCUUGGGUUCUCAGUAGUGAAUUGAGACUCAGAAGUGACACGUUUGUGCGUAGAGCUCUCUGUCUAAGCUCUGGGCUGACUUAAAACCUAAAGUAGUGCUUAUGCUGGAAUGAUGCUUUCUCAUUUUGGUAUUGUUUUUUGGUUUCCCUGCAAUUUUAAACUGGAGCAUUUUGAUGUGGAUAAAACAUUACAGUUUAUACCAGAUACCUUUAA